AUGGAGGCUCCUGUUAGGGCUAUCAGCAACCUCACUGCAACAGACCUGGGAGCCGAUACUGCAGCCUACUGGGAGGCCAUGGGAAUCAUGAACAACUGCCUGCAGUCCUAUGAGGAGUGCACAGUGUUCCUUUGCUGCUGCAUAAUUAAGAGACCUGCCAGAACCCUUAAUGUCGAUGUUCUGGCUUCAGCUGCCCCUCCACUCAUUCGGAGGUUGGGAUCCUGUGCCCCUCACUUAUGGUGCAUGCUGGUCGCUACCAUCUGGAUCUUCUCUACAACCAUCCUCAGACACGAUGAUGUCAGUCUAUCUCCCCAAGAGCGGUUCCAGAUCUUAAGUGCUCUAGGGCAGGACAUCAAAAUCAACAAAAAAUUUUCCAAGGCUUCUUACAUGAGCCUGAGAGAUGACUUCUUCAAAAUGGCAGCUGACCUGGAUGAAUGUGGAAAAGAAGAAGCAGCCUUUAUUCUCUAUCAUAAAUUCCUCACAUUAUAUUUGGAAAAACUGAACAUUGGCCCAAAAUUCCAAAAAAGGGAUGCGCAUGGAAGAAGAUCGAAUUUCAUCAAGAUCCUAAACAUCGUUUUUGACAGGGCUGAGACUCUAAAGAUGAAACUCCUAAGCAAAUAUAACAGGGAAUAUGAAAAACACCUAAUGGAGAUGAAGCAGAAAGAGGAGGAAGCAGCAGAGCAGGCAGCCUUCUGGGAGGACAUAAAACCAGGAUGUUCCAGUUCUUGCACUAUUUCAUUUGAUCCAUUUUAUGGACUUAAAGAAAAGAAAAUUGGAGAAGUGGGACCUGGCCUACAAUCAACAGCAAAGGAGGCUCAACCUUCCUCAGUACCAACCAAAACCUCCAGCCCACCACAGCAGUGUGCAGUAGAGAAUAAUACUAAGUUUGUCACUCCAAGCACAUCAUCAUCUGCCAAAGGGCCUGGGGAAAAUGACACAGAGAAAAGCACAGUUCAGAAAGUCAGAAGUCUACGUCCUGUGAUCCUCCCUCACGAUUUAUGUGAGAAAUUUCUAAAGUCUGCAAGGAAGAACACUAAGAAGAAAAUUGAGACCUGUGGUGUUUUGUGCGGAUCCAUGGUAGGAGAGGAAUACCAUAUCACGCACAUAGUCAUACCCCUCCAGGAAGGAGGCCCUGACUAUUGCUAUGCCACCAAUGAAGAGGAACUGUUUUUUAUCCAAGAAGAACUGGGGCUUCUCACCUUAGGGUGGAUUCAUACCCAUCCAACCCAGAGAGCAUUCUUAUCAAGUGUGGACCUACACACCCACUUUUGCUACCAGCAGAUGCUGCCUGAGUCCAUCGCAGUUGUGUGUGCCCCCAAAUACAAAGAAAUUGGAAUUUUCUCACUGACACCUACUGGGAUAAAUGAAAUUUCCUGCUGUUCCAUGAGGGGGUUCCAUCCUCAUAGAGAGGACACUCCUCUCUUCAGUAACUGUGGCCAUGUCACCACCAAGAACACCACAGUGAUGAUCACUGAUUUACGAUGA